ACUGCUCAUAGUCCGCGAAGCAGGAGUCCAGGACUCCCUUCUCCACAUCCGAAUCAUCGAGCUCAACGUAAGCCUCCUCCACUGCGGCCCUUCGAGCAUCCACCUGCUCGAACCGCUUCAUCAAGUUAUGGACCCUAUCCGGUCGACCUAUCAAAGCAUGGGCGCUUGUGGCCCAGCGCAACUCAGUCCGCAGGCAACGGAUUAGUAGCUUGGGCGAUGACAUCACUACUAAAUACAAAUUACGACGCGGCUCGAGCACAAAUUACAAAGAUAACAAAUAAAAAAUACAACAAAAAUUAACAGUUAAUAAAUGCAGUUCCUAUCAAAUCGCGUUGAAUAGAAAUUACACAAAUACGAAUUACUAUGUAUCAACCAAAUACAAGUUAGCACAAAAGAAAAGACACAAAUCAAAUUAACAAAUAACAAAUACUAGUGCGAUCAAAUCAAGUUAAAUUCAAAUUGCGCAAAUACAAUUACUACUCUUUAGCUCAAACACAACUUACAGUAUAAACGAAGAUACACAUCACGGUCGAUCAACAAAAAAUGCCUAGCUCGGAAAUCGACCCUUCGAUAAGUAAUCCACUACAACUAUCCAACAACGAUAAUUAACCGAUUACGUAAAAAUAACCAUCUACCUACAUGACGUAUAUCUCUAGAAAAACUCCCGCUUGCGCAACCUAGGGCGCGGCUAUUCAAACAACCCACUAACCAAUAAAAAGGCAAGCAACAAAGGAAAAUAAUUUUAUUAUUACGUACAAAAAAAUAUUUUUACGUAUUACGGACGGGCGUGAUUGUAGAUACAAAUUAAACCAAUCAAACCAACGCUCCCUGCCACCAAAAUUGUUUAAUUUUUAUCAAACACUGGUCGGGAUCGACCGGGGAAUCGAACCCAGAACCGCGCUCUGCUACCAGAUGUUACGGCCUAUGGCUGCUCCCUUAAAGGUCAAAUCCUCAGGGGCCCAUUCAGCUGAGUUUCGACGAGCAGACGUAGGUCGGGCCUCCUCCUGGCCAAAGUGGAAAAUCUCUAAUUACACUAAACUAUAUGGGGGAGCGUUCUAUACUACUGUCACUACCGUUUCGCGUAGCAACAGUUAUUUCUAGAAUAUCAAAGGCCGCACUAGCUAAUAUUGUCGAUUGCACUUAUACAGAUUCUGAGUCGGACCCAAUAAGUCCCGGGAAAGGCUAUCCAACAAGAAAUUCGCGUUAUAAAUCCUAGACAGGAUGUUUACUAGACGUCUAAACUAUUCCGCGGUUCCCGAACAAAAUUGACAGUGUGCUGACGUUAGCACCGCUGACAGACGACUCUUUCGCCUUUACGCGUUCUCAACCCCACCGCUCGACCGCGUCAAAACCAGUAUGGCACCGAGCCGCGCGCCCUCUAACGUCGAUUCCGAAACCAGCGUUUGACGCGAACAAUUAUCAUUCCAAUUUAGUUUCUCUACCAUUCUUUCCCUCCAAAAAUGAAUAUGAGAGACAUUAUUAAAAGUAAAAUACUUUAUAUCUAGCAACAUUGUAUAAUUAUGUAAUUUUAUAAUUUAUCUAUUUCUCCCUGGUUGACUGAUAGAGAAUGCGUUUAAGGUGUCUUACAAUAAAAAGUUUUACUUAUAAUAAAUUAAAUGUUCAAAUUGUGUGUAUUUCAGAACCAUACAUCACACCGACAAAUCAUUUUUCAAAAGCGUCUGAGAGCAACAUUAAAUCAAAUUCUACUGAUUGUAACAUAAACGAUGUUCGUAAAGGAAACCUCGAUUUAGAAAGCCCUACUAUUAAAUUAAAGCCUAAAGUGAAAAAAGAUAAUCAACCAAUUAAUAAAAAAGGAAAGCAUCCUGCAAAUAUUAUGAGAAAGAAAAUAUUGAAACAAAAAAGUGUAAAUAUACUUACGAAAAAAACGUCAGGGGCAUCAACAAAAUACAUUUUUGAAUGUGAUGGUUGUAGCAAAAAAUUUUCAACAAAAGACAUUCUCGCCAAACACAUUUCAUACAGUCAUAAGACGCAAAAGAACUCAGUCACCACUGCAGUUCUGACACAAGUUGAACAAACUCCAGUACCACAACUAACGGAAAUAUUUAAUUGUGAUAUUUGCGAAUUUAAAACAUCUCAAAAAGGUCGCAUUUUGGCACAUCUUAAAGCGCACGUCGCUGAACAAGUGUACUGUUGUAAUGAUUGUGAUUAUAAAUGUAUUAGAAAAGAUCAUUUGCAGAGACAUAUGAAAAUACAUACUGGAGAAAAACCUUUUUCAUGUAAUAUCUGUGAAUAUAAAUGUAUAGAAAAAAGUUAUUUGCAAAAGCAUAUGAAAAUACAUACUGGAGAAAAACCUUUUUCAUGUAAUAUCUGUGAAUAUAAAUGUAUUAAAAAAAGUGAUUUGCAAAGGCAUGUGAAAAUACAUACUGGAGAAAAACCUUUUUCGUGUCAUAUCUGUAAAUAUGAAUGUAUUCAAAAAAAUAAUUUGCAAAAGCAUAUGAAAAUACAUACUGGAGAAAAACCUUUUUCAUGUAAUAUCUGUGAAUAUGAAUGUAUUCGAAAAAGUAGUUUGCAAACACAUAUGAAAAUACAUACUGGAGAAAAACCUUUUUCGUGUCAUAUCUGUAAAUAUGAAUGUAUUCAAAAAAGUCAUUUGCAAAAGCAUAUGAAAAUACAUACUGGAGAAAAACCUUUUUCAUGUAAUAUCUGUGAAUAUAAAUGUAUUCAAAAAAGUAAUUUGCAAAGGCAUAUGAAAAUACAUACUGGAGAAAAACCUUUUUCGUGUCAUAUCUGUAAAUAUCAAUGCAUUCGAAAAAGUAAUUUGCAAACACAUAUGAAAAUACAUACUGGAGAAAAACCUUUUUCAUGUAAUAUCUGUAGAUAUCAAUUUAUUCGUAAAAGUCAUUUGCAAAGGCAUAUGAAAACACACACUUGAGCAGAACCUUUUUUGUGAGAGAUCUGGUAAAAUAUGUGCAAUAUCAUGUAAACGUGUUUUAUAUAAAUAUAAAAGUAUACUAGAUAAAAGUCCAUUUGUCAUGAGUUCCUUAUGUAGCUGUAGAACGAGUAGAAAAACCUUUCCGUGUCAUAUGUGCUAUUGGAAACUGCAUUUAUUCUGAAGAAGCUAAUUCAAAAACCAAUGAAACAACCAAGUGAAAUCGAACCUUGAAAUAUGUACCGAGUGGUUAGUGGAAACAGACCAGCAGUGCUAUUCUCUAAAAUACAAAUUCGAUUUCGAGAUUCACUCAGACGAUGUAGCUCACUUCGAAAGCGAACGCGCUUGACCUUGAUUUGGUAUUCUGUAAGCAUGUGCUACGCACAUGCGAAGUGAAGUGAGGUUCGAAUCGAAGACCGCUUAGCUAGGGAUGGACUCAUUAACAAUAUUCAGUCGAUAUUAGUUGUCUAUCCCUUUUUUUAGUAAUAAACGAAAAUUUUCUUAUGUAAUUUUAUAUUUAAUUAACUGAUAUUCAAUAUAAGUACAUUCUUUAUAUGUUAUUAUAUUUUAAUGCCCAAAAUAACGGCACUUUUAAUAACUUGGCUCUAUAGUGCAGUGUCUUUGCCGCAGUUACUUGAGAACUUUAUGACAUAAACAAAGUUUGUUUACAAGCGCUACGCUGGCUGAGUGACAGUGCGAAGCAAAGAAUACAAUGUUAUAUAGGGAAGUGCGAAGUAAAAAUAUUUUGCGACAAUUUUAUAAAUUAUACUGUUCAUUUUAAAAAUAAACAUGAACCCGACAGAAAGAGCGUCACUUCCAUCUCGGGAUCAAAUUUUAACUCUUUUGGACCUUUUACAAAAAAAAUCCAAGUUUGGCAAAAGGAUUUUCAAGAGUACCUAGUGCAAGAGAUGCCACACGGAAAAUGUGGGAGAAAAUCGCCCUAAAAUUAAAUAGCUUGGGAGGCUGUGUUAAAACUUCGAAGCAAUGGAUGAAGUAUUGGGCCGAUAAAAAAAGUGCUGUAAAGAAAAAGGGGGCUUUACGGUUUCGUACAAAAAAUAAGACUGGUGGUGGAGCAGAGGUUGUGGAAUUGUCAGGCGUAGAGGAAAGGAUUUUGACCUUACUGGGUGGUGAAAGUUUUGCCAUAGGUGACAGGCACUUAGAAAUUAACCCUUUUGAAGAUACACAUGCUAGCUUAGAUCCCCCCACUGAUAAUAGCAGUCCAUCAUUGCUGACCAACCAAUUAUUUGUGGGUUUGGAUGCAACCCCACCAAACACAAUGGAACAAGAUUCUAUAACAAAUAUAGUAUUGGCAGAAGAUGUUAUCAAUAUUCCUACAAUAGAGACACCACAGCAACCCAGACUUGAAUGUGUUCCUGGGACAUCGCAUUUGUCUACAAGGCCAAGUGUUGUGCGCAUAGUGACUCAAAGCCCCAUGCCAAGAGCACAGACUGUGCCCAGCACUCCUCCAAGAGUUGGUUCACCAGUAUGUCCGAUGCCUACAACACCUUCUGGAUCAGGCAGACACCCACAGCGAGGUAUAAUCAGCAGCUGGCUCGAUCCAUAACGCCAAUCCAUUCUCACCCCAAUGCCACAACUUCAAGUUGUCGUGGCAGACGUCGCAGACCACUGUCACCACCAUCACAGCGACAGUCUCAUUUGACGGGUCUAGCCGAGCGGUUCCUACGAGUGGAAGAACAGCGGACUGAAAUACAACAGCAGAGCCUUGCAAUAUUGCAAUCUUAUCUGGAUAAUCAAAUAGAAAGGGACAGAUCUACAGCUCAAGCAAUGCAAGUCAUUGGGGAUGGGUUGAAGUUGUUGGCAGAGAUAUU